AGCGGUCUUUCAACUAAUACGUGCAUCAGUCAAGAAGAAAUAAUCUGAAAAUUGCAUCCACGGCAAUCCACAUAUAAUAUUUUGAUACUUUUAGCUUUGCUCAAUUCAUGCCCAGUAUUUCCGCAUUGACACGGUAUAUAUAGACAAGGUUAACACCCAAGAAAACACAACCUCUUGAAUCCUGAACAGUUACAAGAAAUGGAGUUUUCAAUGUUGUUCAUCACCCUUCUUAUUCUUCAAGCUAUCUUCCCCUCUCAAGCAUCGAUCCAAGCAGCCCCUGCAAAAUCAGACCUCUUCCGUGAAUACAUAGGGGCCGAGUUCAAUAAUGUCAGAUUCACCGAUGUCCCUGUAAACCCUAAUGUUGAAUUCCAUUUCAUCCUCUCUUUUGCCAUUGACUAUGACACCUCUAGCUCUCCCUCCCCCACCAAUGGAAAAUUCAACAUCUUUUGGGACACCGAUAAUCUAAGCCCUUCCCAGGUUUCUUCUAUCAAGAACCAACAUUCCAAUGUCAAAGUUGCCUUGAGCCUUGGGGGGGAUAGUGUAGCGAAUGGCUAUGCUUACUUUAAUCCUUCCUCUGUUGAUUCUUGGGUUUCUAAUGCUGUUUCUUCACUCACACGGAUCAUUCAGCAGUAUAACUUGGAUGGGAUUGAUAUUGAUUACGAGCACUUCCAAGCUGAUCCUGAUACAUUUACAGAGUGUAUAGGACAACUCAUUACAGCCCUCAAGAGAAAUGGAGUCAUCUCGUUUGCCUCUAUAGCUCCUUUUGAUGAUGAUCAAGUUCAGAGCCACUACUUGGCCUUGUGGAGGAAAUAUGGGCAUCAGAUAGACUAUGUCAACUUCCAAUUUUAUGCAUAUGAUAAGGGGACCUCGGUGGCUCAGUUUCUGAAUUACUUCAACACGCAGAGUUCUAAUUAUAAUGGUGGUAAAGUAUUGGUGAGCUUUAUCAGUGAUGGAAGCGGAGGGUUAUCUCCAGCAAAUGGCUUCUUUACAGCCUGCAGUAAGCUUAAGAGUCAGAACCAACUCCAUGGGAUUUUCGUUUGGUCGGCAGAUGACUCUAAGGCUGGUGGUUUCCGCUACGAAAAGCAGUCACAAGCUCUGCUAGCAAUUCCUCACUAAUAUUGUUAAUUACCAUGAAAUUCGGCUUAAUUACUCUAUGUGAUAAAUUAGAUUCCAUGGUCAUGUACUCUAUGUAAUCUAUGAUUAUGUAUGUUUCUGUGUAUGCAAUACUUGUAUUUCAGACUCGGUUGUUUUUGCUGA